AUGCCAGAAACGWUCACACUAGCGGAGUACCUCUUCGCAAGGCUGCGACAGCUAGGUGUUGAGACCAUUCAUGGAGUUCCUGGCGACUAUAACCUCGAGCUGCUGGACUAUGUUGAGCCAUCGGGUCUUCACUGGACUGGAAGCUGCAACGAGUUGAAUGGUGGAUAUGCCGCUGAUGGCUACGCCAAAAUCAAAGGCAUUGGAGCUUUAAUCACGACAUUCGGUGUUGGCGAGUUAUCAGCCAUAAACGCGAUAGCAGGAGCAUAUGCUGAGCUCGCUCCUGUUGUCCACAUUGUAGGGACACCGUCACGUCAACAGAAUCAGUCAAGAGCGCUGAUACACCACACUCUCAAUGAUGGAGAGUAUGGUCGCUUUGCCGACAUGUACAAGCAUGUGACGGUCGCACAAGCAGAUCUUUCCGAUCCACGGGUAGCCGCACAGCUUAUUGACACUACACUGGCUCAGUGUCUUCUUCACAGCCGACCGGUGUACAUUCAAGUGCCUCUGGACAUGGUCGCAAAGCAAGUUUCGAGUGCGAGUCUUGGCACACCAAUSGAGAUACCGCAAGCUAUCGAGGGAGAAGACCAUACCUCCGUUGCGAAACUCAUCACAGAGCGUAUGUCGUCAGGCAAGAAGCCCGUGAUCUUAGUCGAUGGUGAAAGUCGGGCGUAUGAUAUCUUGGGGGAGCUUGAUCAACUGAUCAGAAAGACUGGCUGGCCGACCUGGACGUCGAAUUUCGGUAAAGGCUGUGUAGACGAAACGUUACCAAACACUCGAGGUGUCUACCAAGGCACAUUCGCUAAACAAGAAGACCAGGACUACUUCAAUUCUGCUGAUCUCGUGCUCUGCUUCGGGCCACAUUUCAGCGGUGUCAACUCAUACUUUGGCUCUAGCAUCCCAUCAGCAAAGGCAACGAUCUUCUUCAAGGCGACCAGUGUUGUAGUGGGAGACGAUGUGCACCGAGAUUCGCCGGCGAAGCUCAUUCUUUCCAAGGUGUUGUCUGAGCUCGACACUGCGUCACUCCAAACAGUAUCUUCUGGUCUCGCUCCUUUCGAGGGAACGGCAAAGUUGGCCGAAAGUGUCCAAGAUUCCGAAAAGCUGUCACAGAAGGGCCUAUUUUCUGUGUUGCAAGGCUAUCUGAGGCCAGGCGAUAUCAUCUUGGGCGAGACUGGCACUGCGGGAUAUGGCGCUCGUGCAUUGAAGCUACCCAAACAUGCGCGAUUCUUUAAUCCCGUAACAUGGCUAUCGAUUGGAUACAUGCUGCCAGCAACACAAGGCGCAGCGCUUGCGCAACGGGAGCUUGACCAGGCAGGGAAAUGGCAAGGCCGGAAAGAUGAUGUCCUACCACGUGCUCUCCUGUUGAUUGGGGAUGGUAGCUUCCAGAUGACGGUACAGGAGUUGAGCACCAUCAUCCGGGAGAAGCUUAAUGUGACAAUCAUUCUCCUCAACAAUGACGGGUAUACGAUUGAGAGAUGUAUCCAUGGAAAGGACCAGGGUUACAAUGAUGUUGCACGAUGGAAGUAUCUGAAAGCACCGGCUUUGUUCGGACUUGAGGAGGGCACUGGUAUGGAGGGUGAGUACAGCGUACAUACGGSGACUGCGACGCAUAUUGGGGAGUUGCGGAAGGCGCUUGACGGUAUGGAGGCGAGGAAGAACGUGGCGGGCCUGGAGAUGAUUGAGGUCAUGCUAGACAGGGAAGAUGCUUUGCCACCGCUAUCGAACAUGCUGGAGAAGCAGAGAUAG